ACAAGACAAAAUGGCUCCCCAACAAAAUUCCACACUUAUCGAUGGAAAUCUUGAUGUGAGUCCUUCGUUGAUUAAUAUACCCGAAGAAAUUAGUCGUUAUAGUCCCAUAUUGCCACCAAAGAAUCAACAUCAAAAUCACGAUAAGAAUAAUAAUAACAAUAACAGCAACAGCAACAAAAACCACAACAAACACGUUAAUAACGACAAUAACAACCAUCAACAAGAUGUCAACUUUGUACGUAAUUGGGAACAAAUGGAAAAGGAAAAACGUCAUUUGCACAAAUACAAACAUCAGCGUAACGGAAGUUAUCGCAGCGGUUGCAGUAGACGCAGUCGUUCGAUUUCAUUAUAUGGUGUAAAUAGUACAAUUGAACAAGGUCAUAAGGAAAUUACAAUUUGGUUGGGCGAUGAACCUCGUUACGUUUCUGGCGUUACAAAUAAAACGACAUGCAAUGACAUAAUCAAAGCUUUGAUUGAUGAUGAAAUCCGUUGUGGCAAUUAUGAAUACUGUCAACGUUUAAAAGAUGGCACAGCAUCGCGUGACUACAGCGAUUACGUUAUAACGGAAUGUUGGCGCGGUAUUGAACGCAGCUAUGAUGGCAAUAUGGCGAUACUGCCCGUGUGGAAAGCCUGGAGUCGUGUACACAAUGAGAUCCGUUUAAGUUUGAAACAUCACAAGGACAUACAAGAUCCCAGUAAGGCAUUUAAGAAUAACACCACCCUAACGUGUAUACGCAACUAUAUUUGUAAAAUAUUCAAAUUUGGACGCAAAAAAUCCAACAAGAAGAAAAAUCAACAAAAACCUCCCUCCAAUAACGGCCAGAAGUCGAAGACAAUUGAAACUCACGAGAAAAAUGAUAAAAAUGUUAAACUCAUCGAAAUAAUAAUUCCAUCUUCUGAAAACGAUAACAAUAAUCUCGAUUUGAAUGAAUUAAAUUCAAAUAAUCUGAAACCAACUAAAGAAGAGGCCGCGAUAAGGGCCAACAACAAAGUCAACAAAGAGAAACUAUAUCGUUUAUCUGAAAAUCGUUCUUCUCAGCGUAAACGCAGGAGCUACCGACGCAAGGAUAAACGUGUGACACACGAUAAGCUAGCCAAUGCCAAUGAAUGCAGUAGUAAGUUCUUGCGCAGACGUAAAGACUCCACAAUACGCAGUUCGGUGCGCAGUAAACUAGCCCAAAAGAAUGCUCAAAUGAAUGAACUCUACGAUCGGGAGUACGCUCUCACCAAAGAACUUACCAAUAAAUGUAAACUAUAUAAAUUACAAAAUGAACUCUAUACCGCCACCGAUAAAGAUUUGGAAAUGUCAGUGGGACAAAUUCAAGAAAAUAUUGAGGCAUAUGCCCGAGAAAUUAUACGCACCGAACAUGAACUUCUGGAGGUGAAGAAAGAAAUCAAACAGGAUAUAUCCAUAAUAAAUAAUUUGAAGCGUCUGACACUGGAAACCGAUCCAAAUGAGUGUGGUGUUCCCGUUGACAUUGAAAAGUUGUUAAAACCCGAAUCGUCAGCACUGCCCGCUCCCAUUACCGUUCAAGAGCCCAACAGUAAUGAACAAAUGUUAUUUGUUGAUAAUAUUUAUGAAUUUUGUGACAAUAACGCCAGUAUGUUGGUCUAAACCAAUUACAC